AUGGUUGGACCAACCUUAGUCGGACUGGAUUUGACCAAAUCGAGGACACCAACAGCAGGUCGGAGGGGACAGCAGGGUCAACUCGAGCUGGCAGGGGCCCUCCGGAGAGCCAUGGACUUUUCAACCUCCAUUCAUGACUUCGCAAGCUACGAGGAGUCAUCCGGAUCUCAAUAUCAGAGAAGCUGGUAUGCGAGCCAUCCAGACGAUGAUGAAGGAGCAGGGUUCUAG